GAUCAGCUGUCCGGUUGAUGUCUGCAGGUUCUGAGGACCUUGCAGUGUUUUUCAUGUCAAGAUUCGUGACAAGUGAAACUUUGAAUUUGGUGACUUGCCAUUUAUGUUUGGAAUAGACGUAAAGAUGGCGAAAAAGAGUAGUUCCAAUAAGGCAUUCAAAAGCUUGUUUUCUAAAAGCGAAGCCAAAUUGACCGUGAAGAAGGAGAAAGAUGAACGAGGAGGAAAAAAGUUCCAACUCUUCAAAUUCAAGAAAAAUACGAAACACGGCAAAGCUGAAGAGAAGCAAGUGGACUUCAGUGCUGCUGAGACCAAUGGAUCUGGUGGUGAUGCCCAGGGGAGGGAUGCUGAAGACUGGCCUGAUGUUAAUCACACUAAGAAGACCAGAUCUCUGACUGCUCCCAGGUCAAAGCAUGUUGUCCCCCCUCUCCCUCCCCCUGUCUCACUCACUAUCCCUCCCUCUGCCUUUCCGUCUAUCGCUCGCAAACAGGCCAAGGACCUCAGCUACUCAGAGAUGGACCUCCGUGCCAAGCCCAAGAGGUUCGGCACUUUCACCUUCGGUUUGAAGAGGAGUAAGAAGAAGAGUGACAGGGAUCUAUCCCAGAGUGUCGUGGUCCUCCACAGCCCCAAUCCAGAGGUCAAAGGGCAAGAGGAGGAGGAGGCUUUGGACCUCAGCCUCUGGGAUAUCGGCCAGGGCGGCACUCUGAACAAGAGCGUAAGGUUCGCUAUGUCUCAGCGUGACAUAAACAAUACGACACGGGUCACCUCCUAUCCUCCUGCCACUGUCCCCAACGUAUCGCAGGCCCAGGAGCCCCUGAUGGACAGUCCGAAGACUGUCACCAACCAAUCAAAAUCCCAGGAAUCCCUGAUGGAUAAGAUUAUUCCUUUUGAAGUGGGUCAGGCUACAGGAAAAGCCCCUUUAGCUAUGCCUGAGAUGGUGUGGGAUGAGACCUCAGAGGAAGAGGAGAGCCCGGAUGUUCAGUGUGACAACCCUUAUGCCUCAACAGACCAUACUGACACAACUUAUAUGGAUGUUGAUCGCUUUAACCCAACUCCUCCCUCUUUCCCAUCUAUCCCACCACCCUGCUAUCCAUCUCGCCCACCUACACCCUUUUGCUCUCCUCCUACUACAGUUUACACCACAAACCAGAGAGAUGACAUUUCCCACUCCCCAUUACCCAGCUCUGACCCUGUGAGUAGUGGUCUUUCUGAUUCUGUCUUUCAUGUUACUGAAUUCUCACUUACCAAAGCUGAGUCCUGUGUUACCUUCUCCAUUGGCCAACCUGUUGUUGCUGAAAAUAUCAGCACUGUUACCCCUAAUACUGAUCCCGCUCCCAUUGCUUUGGACCCCAAUAGAGAAACCUCUGUGACUGAAACAGACACACCUGUCCCUGUGGUUAAAACCGAGACCUUUGCGCUCAACCCUGAUACUUUGGCGGACGACACUGACACCCCUAUUCUCAUCACUGUCAGCUCUUCUCUUAUCACGAUCAACUCUGUUACUGAUGUGGACACCCUUGCUGACACUGUUACUACCAUUGGCACCACCUCCAUCAAUGACACCUCUGUCUCUACCACGGGUACAUCUAUGCCUGAAACGGUCAACUCCGUCACCUCUGAAGAGGUCAGCACCGCUAUUCCUCAUCUUGGCCCCUCUCCCGCUGAAAUGGUCAUCCCCGUUCCAAGCACUGACAAAUCUACAGCUGAAAUGCUAGCCUCCAUUGCAAGCACGGUCUACUCCAUUACCGGCACUGUCCCCAACACUGACACGUCCUCUGCCAACAAAGAGGCAUAUGGAACUCUGUAUGAAUCGCUAUUUCCUCAAAGUUUCACAUCGGAACACAAAUCUGCCAUAUCAGACCCUCACUCUACUGAGGGAGGUCUUGACACCAACCUAAACAUGAUUUAUGACACUGACCCACACCUGUCCUUGGAUAACCCCUUUGACUUAUUUAUACCUGAACCAGUUAAACAGGAGUCUGAAACUGUCAUUGAUCACACUGAAGCUAGUGUCAGUGGCACCACCCAAUCAACUCCAUUACGGUUUGCCACUGACGCCGCUGUCGCCGACAUGGACAUACCUGCCACUGUAGACUCCAAAAUGGAUGCCAGCCAUCCUGACACAGACACCACUGCUUCCCCUAAAACUAACCUCACUGUUAGUGACUCAAAACCAGUAUUUGAAGAUUUUUAUGACCCAGACAUGGAGACAUCUGACAUUACGAUCGACUCUCCACCUCAUAAUAUGGACACUUCUCUUGAAAGAAAGGAUCCCGCUGUUCCUCAAAUAGACACUCCCGACCCUAACACAGAUAUCUCCCUCACUGAGCCUGAGAAUUCCAGUUCUCUUGAGUCCACACAGGGGGAAUCCUUUGUCACAAAACCAGUCAACAUUGACGCUUCCGGCUCCUCUACAAUCUCUGAAACGAUGGCAACUGCGACCGGUCAAGAAGCAGAAGUAGAGAUUAUGGAAGCUGAAAAUAUUCUGAACUGUGAAAAAUCAAAUGACGUGUCCACAAUUGCUACUGAGGAAGUUCAUGAAGCAGAGAUGAUGAAAGAGGCCAACAUCAUAGAUUCUAAUAGACAGAUUGAGGAACAUAUGCCCUGUGAUGCAGACGUUGUCAGGGCAAGCUCACAUUAUGUGACCAUACCAGAGAACAGCAGUGCCAUGGAGGUCACUAUAUCAAUGGUCCAUUACAGCAUCCUGGACGAUGACAUGGAGGAGAGUGGAGAUGAAAAGGUAAAAGCGGAGGAAGAGAAAGGCACGGGCAGACAGUGGAGGAAUGGUAAUGAAACCACCAAAAUGGGAUGGAGUGUGGCGUCGCAGAAAGAAACUGAAGAAAUGUUCGAAACGAGGGAUAGAGGUCAAGAGAGUGAAGCCCACAAAGAGAAGAGAAACAUUGAGUGCCAAGACGAGAGUGACCCGGCGAGCCUAGUGCAGGUGGAGGAGAGAAAAGCGAGAGAAGUCUGGCCACUGGUGAAGGAAAAGAGGGAGGAGGGGGUGGAACCAGCCCUGCCGGUUCAGCAGGUGCACACGCUCAUGGAAUGUGAGUCGCCAGCCCUACCUUUCACCACAGAGCAGCAUGGAGAGGAGGGGUCAGGGAGUAACCGGAGUGUGGUUACGCAUGCUUGCCUGGGAACAGAGGCCUGCACUUGUACAAAUGCACAGACCCCAUGCCAGGAAGAGCCACAGGAGGGAGUGAACGAGUCCCGCAGCGCUGAGCAUAAACACUCUAACAACAGAGGGCGAGAGGACACACUCAAAACACACAACACACUCACACACAUUGCCGACGGAGAGGAGAGGAUUUUAGACACACAUACAACAGAGAUAGUGGACUUAGUCACUCGUACUGUCGAGGACACGGGUGCACCGAGCACACCCUCUUUCACUGACCAGAAAACAAACGUAGACACUGUCGCACACAGUGCAGAUGGUGAGAACAGACUCCCACUUGACACAGACAGAGAAGAGACAUCGACAGACACAUUCGCACAAAGCGCUGAGUCCGAGUCCAACACAUACACUGCAAAGGGAGAACACAAAGGGACACUCAGUACUGAGUGGAUAGACAGCAUUUUUACUCAGGACACAGACGGAGCCAGUGGAGAGCCAGUGUCAGAGCAGGUGGCAGUGAAUCCUCCAGUCUCAGGAGACCGAAUCCUCGAGAGACUUCGGAAGAGAGCCAGCGGUCUUGUCACUGAGGACACAGAGAGACCCGGUGCAGAGGCAGAGCAGGUGGAAGUGAAGCUGUCAGUCACUGCAGACACAUUCCUCAACUCACAGAAGAACAGAGUCAACUGCCUCAGCCAGCCAGAAGGGUCUCUGGAUGCUUCAGCUGUUCUCAGUACUGCUUUAAAAGACUCUGAGGGCUCUGAUUCAGAAAUUCAGCAGAUAGUGGCUUAUCUGGAGUCAGACAGCGAGAUGAAAUUAUUCCGUUCCACUCUCAUCAUAAGACCCUCUCCCACCCACAAGGGCAUGGAGGAAUCAAAACAGGACUUCCGUAAAGUCUCCCAGGUCACCGACAAUGACACCACAGACCACACUGAAUACAGUGUGGACUACAGUACAAGCACUAUCACUGACCCCAAUAGAACUGAAAGUGACCUAGGUCCAGUCGUACCAGAAUACAAAUGGAGAAACCAGGAUGAGGGGGCGCAAACCACUUUUGACCCCACAGGGGUGUCCUGGCGCUCUGACUCUCAGUCGAAUGAGUCAAGAGUGUCCACGUACAAUGGAUUGUACUCCUCCCUGUCCCCCUCCCUCCCUGUGUACAGACAACACCUCACCGGCCCCGGGCCGCCAUUCCAGGAACCUGGCCUGUCCUCCCACUCCUCGAACAUGCCCGGUUCCCCCGGCAACGGUCACUGGCUGAGCGACAGGAGCGAAGUUCAGCUGAGCCAUGAGAGUAGCGAGCCAGAAACAGGCAGGGGGAGGAGGAGGGAGUGGGAAGAGGAGGAGGAGCUAGCCACUGCACCUGCAGGACAGAGAGAGAGAGGGGUAGAGCAAAAGAGUAGGGCGGGAGAGUCCGUGGCAAAGAAGAUAAAAUCAGGCUGUGAUCCACAGUCGCUCCCAGUCUCAAACUUCUCCUCGGCGGGUCAGUCUAUUGAAGACGUGGACUACAGCAGAGACAGCAGUGACUUCUUCUCUGGGGUGUACAAGGCCACACUCGUGGAGCUGCUCCCUGACCCCUCCUCCUCAGACCCUUCCCCCUCCUCCUCUCCCUUGACCCCUGACCCAGGCAACCCCUAUCACGGUGACAUGGAAUGCCUGGUGGACACCCUGAAGAGCAUGAACCCUAUCCCGGUCCAGAGGCAGAGGAGCCUGCGUGGGACGACUGCCCCCUCCAUCUUCUCCUCCCUUUCCCCUAUCGUGGAGGAUGCCCCCUGCUCCACCCCCACCACCACCAAAUCUCCCCAGGUGCCCGCUGGGUCUUCGCUGGAGGUCCCUAACAACCGUUACAUCCUUCCUGCAGACCUGGGCCUCAAACGGGGCUCCCCCAAAGAGAUGCGCUCCCCUCUGGAGUUGAUGAAGCUCCAGCAGCUCCAACAGAAGCAGGAGCAGCAGGCUGGGGACCACCAUUUGAACCGUGGAAGCCUCAACCUCCCACUCCGAGCCUCGGCUCUUAACAGCAUCAUCGUGAGGAAGAGCUCCUUGGGCAGUGACUCGUCCUCAGAGCACUCGCCGUCCCCCAUACUAAACGGAGGGAGCAACAACCAGUCUCCAAGCCCCUCGCGCCUGGACAACUCAUUCCUCUUCUCCAGCUAUCGUUCAGCAUCGAUUGAUCAGCCACAGGAGAAUGGCAAUGCCCAUAGCCUAGGCCAGCGGCCCUCUCUUUUCCGUACGAGCUCCCUACCGGACAUAGGGCCUAACCAGGACCGCAUGAGCUCAGGGGUUGGUAUGGGCAUGGCCGGUGGGCCUGGGACCAGACUUGGAUUUGAAUCUGGAGCUGGAACCGGAACUGACCCUUCUACCCCCUUCCGCUACGAACGUUUCUCCUCCCUGAUGUCUGGCUCCUUAACCGGAAACAACACCGACACCAACUCUCGAAUGAGCAGGCCCCCUCCCCUCCCUAGCUUCACCUCUACCCUCGGAAGCCUCGUCAGUCCCACAAGCUCAUCUCUGGACAUCCACAGGUCGUUCGACAAUUCUAACAACUCCCAGUCCAAGCUCAGCCCGGGACUGGGUGGUAUGGGCUCUGUGGGCUCUAUUGGUCUGGGUCUGCAGAGGAGCUUCAGUAACGAAGGCCUGAACUCACCACUGUUCAACACGGGGUCUGUCCAUGGAGGAUCUCACUUCAGUCCAGAGCCAGAGAAGAACCUGGUGCAGAAGUAUAGAGCUUUCCCCGACGCCUAUCUCACCAAGGAGAAAGAACAUGGAAAGCUCAACCCUCGGCCAGGAAAGAUGUUCAUCUUUGACCAGCCAGGAAUGUGUGGCCAGCGGAUUGAGGUGCGGAGUGAUGUCAUUGAUGCCACACCCUGGCAACUACAGGAGACUAUCUCGAUCAGGGUUGUCAGGGGAGGCUGGGUCUUGUACGAGAAGCCCAACUUCAAAGGGGAGAAGAUAGCUCUGGACGAGGGGGACAUAGAGCUCACCUACCCCUUCGACGCCCCUGAGGAGGGAGGGGAACAACAACAGAAGCAAAAUGGAGUGGACGGACAGAAGGAGGGAGGAGAAGAAGUUGUGGAGGCCAAGCCGGCCAGGAGGUUCAUCAUAGGAUCAGUACGAAGAGCAGUCAGGGACUACAGUGUGCCAGAGAUCAGUCUGUUCCCAGAGGAGAAUGCCGAGGGGAAGAAGGUGACCUUCAGAGACACGUCAGAUGACGCCAGGAUAUUCGGCUUCCCCAUCAAAGCCAACUCCAUCAUCAUCAACGCUGGACUAUGGCUGGUGUACCCGCAGCCUUUUUUCCAGGGCGUACCACGUGUCCUGGAGGUGGGGGGGUUCCCCAACCCUGCAGCCUGGGGCGUGGAACAACCCUACGUGGGCUCAGUGCACCCGCUCAAAAUCGGUGAACCGAGAGUGGAGAAACCCAGUGAGCCAAAGCUGGUGCUGUAUGACAAGCCUUACUUCACUGGGAAGAAGAGGACGAUCUACACCAACAUGAGAGACUUCAUGACCAGACUGGAUAGACAGCAGACUGCCUUCAUGUACAGCCCUGGAUCCAUCCAAGUACAGGGAGGCUGCUGGGUUGGCUAUGAGAAGGAGGGUUUCCGAGGCCACCAGUAUCUGUUGGAGGAGGGAGACUACCACGACUGGAGGGUGUGGGGGGGCUGCGAUUCCGAGCUGCGCUCCGUCAGAGUCAUACGAGCGGACCUGACGGAGCCCAUGCUGGUGAUGUAUGAGCAGCCAGACGAGGAGGAGGAGGUGGUGGAGCAGGAGAACACCUUUGAGGUGACCAACGCCAUUCCUGACGUGGAGCUGUUUGGUUACCACACCACCACGCGCUCCAUACAGGUCCUCAGUGGAGCAUGGAUCGCCUACUCUCACGUGGACUUCUCUGGUGACCAGUAUAUCCUGGAGAAAGGUUUCUACAGUAACUCUGCUGACUGGGGCUCUUCAGACAACCGCAUCUGCUCUGUCCAGCCCAUCCUACAGGCUCCGAGUGAAAACCAGGGCAACGUCAGAAGAGAGGUGAUGCUGUACACGGAGCCAGAUUUCCAGGGUGAAUGCCAUCUGUGUGACAAGAACCAGGAGUCCCUCUCUGACAAGCUCAUCGCCAAGUCCUUCAGGGUGGUGGGAGGAAGUUGGGUGGUGUACGAGGGCCGUGAGUAUUCAGGGAACCUGUACAUCCUGUCAGAAGGAGACUACCCCAACUUCACCAGCAUGGGCUGUCCUCCGAACUGUGUCAUACGCUCGCUGAAGACUGUCCCACUGGUAUUCUCAGUGCCCUCCAUCUCUCUGUUUGGUCUGGAGUGUUUGGAGGGCAGGGAGAUCACAGUGGACACAGAGGUGGUCAAUAUGCUGGAGGAGGGCUACAACAACCAUCUACUCUCUGUCCGAGUCAACCGAGGCUGCUGGGUCCUGUGUGAGCACAGUAACUACAGGGGGCGCCAGUUCCUAUUAGAACCCAUUGAAAUCACCAACUGGCCCAAGUUCAGUCAGCUUCUCACCAUUGGCUCAAUGUACCCAGUACUACAGAAGCGGCGCUUCUUCCGCAUCAAGAGCAAGGAGCGAGGUCACUUCCUGUCCAUCCAGGGCGGCGUGGAGGAAAUGAAGUCGGGACGCGUGGUGGUGAUCGAGCAGGUGGAGGGCAUGAGCGACAUCUGGUUCUACCAGGAGGGCCUCAUCAAGAACAAGUUGGCUCCUACUAUGAGCCUGCAGGUGAUGGGGAAUGUGGAGGCGGGGGCGAAGGUGGUGCUGUGGUCAGAAGCCCGGCAGCCUGUCCAGACCUGGUCAGCCCAGAUGAGAGGCACCAUCCCCAGCCUUACCUUCCCUGGUAUGGUGUUGGACAUCAAGGGUGGCAAGCAGUACGACAGAGACCAUGUGGUGAUUUUACCAGAGAGUGAGGAGAGGCCUUGCCAACAGUGGGAGUUGGAGCUGCUAUAACCUUCCAAUAACCUUCCCUCAACCCACACCCUUCACCCGCUCCUCCAAUACAAUACAUUGCAAUAUCACCAAGCCCUCAGAACUCCUGCUCUUCAGUCUGUUGAGAUGGACAUUAGGAAGCACCACAUAAUUUAUCCUUGUCAUCACCAGGCAACUUCAAGAUGAUCUGAGAACGUCUUCAUUGUAGUUAAAGGGAUUUUCUUUCAUUCCGUGAAAAAUCCUACGAGGAUGAUAAUUUUUUGCCUCGACGCGAGGGCCGCAGCAUACGAACGACUCGACAAUAAACAACCAGCGCCUUUUGAAUCAACUGGAGAGGAUGGGAAGGAUAAUGCUCCCCUCCCCCCCUCCUCCUCCUUAAAUAUGUAUAUUUGGAUUAUUCUAUUUACAGACAUUCAACCCUAUCAGAUUCUUCCUUGACUUGGAUGGUAUGACCCGGCUUACCCACACACAGUAGUGGACUUAACCAUUCACUUGAACUCACCAAUGAUUAUUGGGAAGGUCCAAGUUACAUCUACUAAAUGGUACAUUAUCUGUGGCUAUAUGCAGUAUAUUAAAGAUGGAUUCAUAAAGGAAGCCACAUCUAUGCACAUUAUUUUCUGAAUUGACUUAAGAUUUUUUUUGUAUUUUGUUUGACUAUGCAGUGUACUACGUUUUGGGAAAACAUUGGAUGGGAAGUGUAUUCGUGAUGCAGUAUAAUACAUACACAAUACAUAUAAUAAUGUAUGAUGCAGUAUAAUGACCCUGUGGGCUUUUAUGCAGUUCUUCUCUAAUGCUACAAGUAUGUUCAUCAAGUUGGUGUUUCUAUUCCACUAUGGUAUUACGCCUGUAUUUGCAUAGAUAUUAAUCAUACAUUGCCAUUCACUGUCAACAUACAGGUUGCUCUAUUUGUUAUAUAACAUCAAAUGCCUUGCUUCUCUGUGCAUUCUUUUAUACCAAAAAUAUGUGAAUGGAAAUAAACGUGUUUUUAAAAUAUCAAGUUUAAAUAUGAAAUAAAACAUAUCAAUUGUUGAAGUGUU